GACAGUAAGACCAUGCACAUGCAUUGCGGGUGAACUUUGAAAACUUCGGUCACACUACAUAGAAUAAGAUUUUUCGACUAGUGAAACUCUUAGCCGAUCUGAGUACUAGGCUUUACAUAUUAUAAUUUGAAUUUCCAGGCGAUUUAUUUGUUAUGGGAUUUAUAGUGGUAUUUUGUAAAAUAUGAAUUAGUAUUUUAUAGUAUAUUUUUGAGACCAAAUUGGUAUUUCUCGUUUGGUCUGGCACGGCCACAAUGUCUAUAAAACCCAAACAUUGUAAUUAAAUUUAUUAACAAGAAUGAUUGGAUAUCAUUUUGAAUGUUUUCGUUUCGCUUAUUUUCUUUUAUGUAUAUUUAUAACUCGACGUUUGUUUUGAUCAAAAGAUCAGUAAAAAGUUUAAAAGUAUUAAUAUUUUUAAUAAGUAAAAUGAGAAAUAUUGGAUACCAAAGUAGUUUAUUUUUGUAAAAAUCUUUUAUAAAUUGAUUUACUUUUAAUAUAUAUAUUUUAUUAAAAUGGAAUGCAGUAAAAUAAAUGUUUCAAAAUUGCACCAUAAAAAAUCUUCGAUGUACAAACACAAUGAUUUUUCAGCUCUGAGCAGUAAUCGCGUUGGUCUGCUGAACGCGGCCUAUAACUCCACCCUAGUUUAAACAGGCUUUAACACCAUAACUAAUUGUAUAUUUGGCCUUCCCAUGCGCUGCCCUACUAUGUUUAAGCGGCAGAAACGGGCGAGAUGGACGAUUUAACUUAUUUAGCUGUCAACUUGAACGCAAUCAUAGGCGACGUAACAGCGGCCUUGCUGAAUUAUAACGUGAGCUUCAGCAGCACAAUGAUUAAGUCCACAGGGGAACUUUUGUUGCCCAAACUCGGUGUGUCUCUCUCAGAGACAGAGAUAUUGAAGCCGCCUUUCAAACAUCCACAAAAUAGCGGUACUCGUUUGGAUGCAUGUCCUAUGGAGUCAAGCCUGAAAGCUGAGGUCUCGCGAAAAGUUCAAGACGAACAGGAGAACACCGUGGGGGUAAUCAAUCUAGAGGACACUUUGGAGCUUACUCCGUACGAAAACCAAGUUGUAACUGGGUCACAACAACCUGCGGAACCGGCUUCCCUCGAGUACUUCCACAGAAGACUUGUCGAGCUGGGGCGGCGCUGCUGGACCUCGUCGGCGGAUGCCCAGCACUACACCAAGGGCUGCUUCUGGUCCCCAGACGGCACCUGUCUUUUGGUACCCGUCCACCUAGACGGCAUGCACGUUAUGGAGGUGCCAACCGAACUUUACUCCACGCGGACGGUGCAGAACGCGCGCUCUUUGACUAAGCUUCAGUCAGCGGUGCACAUUCCCGAGGGCGGAGCCGUUUACGACUGCGUCUGGUUUCCGCACAUGAAUAGCCAGCAGCCGGAUACCUGUUUUUGGCUGGCCACUCGGCAGCAUGAGCCCAUUCACAUGUGGGACGCUUUCGACGGAUCGCUGCGUUGCAGCUACAGCGGAUAUGAUGCUGUGGACGAAGUCAUGGCGGCCAUUUCCUUGGCCUUCUCCCACGACGGACAGAAGAUCUACGCGGGAUACAAGCGAUGUGUAAAAAUCUUCGACACCAACAGGCCCGGACGAAUGUGCGACAAUUACCCCGUGAAGUCUGCAAUUUCCUGCAUUGCCCAGACCAUCACGCACUCCAACACUCUGACUUGCGGCAACUGGCACGGCUACAUCCAACACUUUGACCUCCGCUGCAGCCACAAGCAGGGACCUCUCUUCACGCUGGGUGGGCACAAAGGCGGCAUUACACAACUGCUUUAUGGUGGGAGCGUUUCCGGGGAGUGGUAUCUGUUCAGCGGAGCUCGCAAAUGUGGCAAGCUUUUGCAGUGGGACAUGCGCAACUACAAGAAACCGCUGGUGGAGUUCCAGCGCAAAGUGGACACCAAUCAGCGUAUUCACUUCGACUUCACAUCCGACUGCCGUUGGCUGACCAGCGGAGACACUCGGGGAGCGCUAAAUGUUUGGGAUCUUCGCGCAUUCGGUGAUGCCUCCAUAUUGCAGCUGCACUCUGACUGUUGCAAUGGAGUGGGCCUUAACCCGGUUCUGCCGGUUCUGGCCACCAGCUCUGGACAGUUUCACUUCAUAGAUCAAAGUGUUAAGGGCAAAGUAACUUUAAACACCUCGGAAUCUGUUAAGGAGGCUCCUUCCGAGGCGAACCAGCAGUUAGAUGUUGUCUAUGAGAACGCAGUGGUGAUGUGGUGGUGCGGUAAAGAUGAAUCGUUUUCAUCAGUGGAGUAAAUAAUAUAAAAGACGUUUUUAUUCUUGAA